AAGCGAUAAUGAUGCAGAGCAAGCGAAUGAUGAACCAACUCCUCCUGCUGGCCUGUGCUGGCAUAUUUCUGGGAUCGACGGUGGCGGACGAGGAGCUCAGCAUGACCCUGGACGAGGUGGUGGACCUGAUCCAGCCCUUCGGCGAGGGCUGUGAUCCUGUCCCGGCAAAGGAAAACAUCGUGGAGAUGGUGCAGAACAAGGAGGAUGCCAAGCGGGAGUCCAAGUGCUUCCGCCACUGCUUGCUGGAGCAAUUCGAGCUAAUGCCCGAGGGCCAGUUGCAGUUUAAUGAGGACAAGACCGUGGAGAUGAUGAACAUGAUGUUCCCCGACAACGAGGAGGAUAGCCGCCGCAUCACCAAGGCCUGCAAUGAUCGUCUCAAGGCGGAGCAGGACAAAUGCGAGGCCGCCCAUGGCAUCUCCAUGUGCAUGCUGAAGGAGAUGCGCGCCUCCGGCUUGAAGAUUCCGGAAAUCAAGGAGUAGCGAGAUCACUGAGCUGGUCCUCCUCCUGCCCCCCACUUGCGCCUGUUCUUCAUUUAAUUAUUAUUUUUUUUUUUUGUGUUAGAUUUCAAUUUAUUAAAAGACAGCUCGAGAGCAGGGUGUGGUUCCCGAAGCAAAUAAAGCGCCCAGACAGAGAA